AUGGCAAGGAAACAGCCUGCCGCACAAUCAAGAGCCUCCUCAAGAUCCGCAUCGACGUCGGCAAGAUCGUCAUCAGCGCCGGCCGCAAGGCCAGCAUCUGCACCGGUCCCAGCCCCAAAGCCUGCGGCAGCCUCUGCAGCCAUGGCAUCCCAGCCCGCGCAGGGCUUUCUGGCGCGCGUUGCCGAAACAGCUACGGGCGUGGCGGUUGGCCAUGUUCUUGGCAGGGCACUUAGUGGCGCCGCAUCCAUGGUCAUGGGUAAUGGUAGCUCUGUUCCUGCUGAAGAGCCUUUCAAAAGCAUCGAAGCAAGCUGCCAGCCACAGCUCGCACAGCUUUUUGCCUGCAUGGACCGCAACAAAGAAGGGGAUUCCUCCUCUUGUCAAUUCUACAUGGACUUAUUGAGCCAAUGCCGCUCGGGCCCUGCAGAAAGCUCCACAGCAUCUUUCUAA